AUUUUUACGGUCAACAACAAAAUCCAGAGAUAAUGAACCCCUCCGUAAUCCCUAUACGGUAUACCUAUCUAUUUAAGUGGGUAAAGUAAAGCUGAAGCCUAAAAUUAAAGCCAAGCAGAGUGUUUACUAGUUACCACCUCUAAACGAGCCCUCUCUAAAAAAGAAAAAAAAAAAAAAAAAAAAACCAUUUCAUUUCUUUUCAAUCUUAUUUCAGCAAUUGAGGUUUGUUUCUCUUUCCUAGCAACUAUCUGCAGCACAGGUAUUGGAACAAUAAUUUUAAAUACAAUUUGGUAUAUAGUAAAUUGGGUGCCUCAAUCUGUUAACGGUAAUCCGUUUGCCUUUGUUUUCUAUUUGGAUUUGCUCUGAUGGCGACCUGUAUGUCGCCUUCUUAUACAUUGUCUGAUACUCGGACCCCAAUGGCGGUACUAACUGUUCUUGGAGGGAGAGUGUCAAUGGAAAGUCACUUGGGGAGAGUAUGCUCCCUCAAAGUGUUGGACGAGAAGAAUGGAUUUUGGGGUUCUGGCCAAAAGAUUGCUUCAAAUUUGCUUCACGUUAGAUGUUCGGCAAACUCUCACAGUGUCAACCAAUAUCACAGUAAAGACCCAUUUCUGAAUCUACACCCUGAAAUUUCCAUGCUUAGAGGUGAGGGAAACACCACAUUGACUAAUCCAAGAAAGGAUACUUCAAGUGGGAUUGCUACUGAGGACUUGAGAGAUUCCUCAAGAUCAAGCAACUACAAUGAAGCGAAAAUCAAAGUCAUUGGUGUUGGAGGUGGCGGGUCAAAUGCAGUUAAUCGAAUGAUAGAGAGUUCAAUGAAGGGUGUGGAGUUCUGGAUUGUUAACACUGAUGUUCAAGCCAUGAGAAUGUCGCCUGUUAUUACCGAUCACAGGUUGCAAAUUGGUCAAGAACUAACCAGAGGACUGGGUGCUGGGGGGAACCCAGAUAUUGGCAUGAAUGCUGCCAAGGAAAGCAGAGAGGCGAUAGAAGAGGCAGUUUAUGGUGCAGACAUGGUCUUUGUGACUGCUGGAAUGGGUGGAGGAACUGGCACUGGUGGUGCCCCUGUAAUUGCAGGGGUUGCGAAAUCAAUGGGUAUCUUGACUGUUGGUAUUGUCACAACUCCUUUCUCUUUCGAAGGACGUAGGAGGGCAGUCCAAGCCCAGGAAGGAAUUGCAGCUUUGAGAGACAACGUUGACACACUUAUUGUCAUUCCAAAUGACAAACUAUUGACUGCAGUUUCUCCUUCUACCCCAGUAACAGAAGCAUUCAACCUAGCUGAUGAUAUUCUUCGACAAGGCGUUCGCGGGAUCUCUGAUAUAAUUACAAUUCCUGGACUGGUGAAUGUCGAUUUUGCUGAUGUGCGAGCUAUUAUGGCAAAUGCUGGGUCUUCAUUAAUGGGGAUAGGAACUGCAACUGGGAAAACCAGGGCAAGAGAUGCUGCACUGAAUGCAAUUCAAUCACCUUUAUUAGAUAUUGGCAUUGAGAGGGCUACUGGAAUUGUGUGGAACAUAACUGGUGGUAGUGAUUUAACUUUGUUCGAGGUAAAUGCUGCGGCAGAGGUUAUCUAUGACCUCGUAGAUCCUAGUGCCAAUUUAAUAUUUGGAGCAGUCAUAGAUCCAACGCUCAGCGGUCAGAUAAGCAUAACCCUAAUUGCUACUGGAUUCAAACGCCAAGAAGAAAGUGACGGGAGAUUCCUCCAGGCAGGUCAGCUAGCACAGGGAGAUAUCACCCUUGGAAUCAACCGGCGACCUUCCUCUUUCACUGAAGGUGGUUCAGUGGAGAUCCCCGAGUUCCUGAGAAAGAAAGGGCGCUCACGCUAUCCAAGAGCUUGAAUUAUUUAUUCUACGUUUUCCCACUGUAAUAUACCUUUUCCAAGCCCAUCCAAUUCCCAUCAAACCUGACUUUGCUUUUUAGGAAACUAAAGCAUGCGUUUGUACAGGAUUUUAUUAUGUCAUCAAAUGUUCACUCUGAGAUAACACAGUGCAUGCCUUUCCUAAUAAAUAGUUGUAGUGGUGUUUUUUUGCCUUUAAUUGCUGAAGACAAUAGCAUAACUUUAUUAUUUUCCA